UUGAAUCACGUGCUCUACUUUCAUCCCUGUAAGAGCGCGUGGAGUCGUUUGAAUUCACCCUGUGGCGCGAGCGAUUUCAAUUCGGACCUUCAGGAGAUGAUGAGAUGAAAAUAUGCGAUUUUAGGAAAGAAGAAGAAGAAAACAACAACAAUAACAACAACAUGGUCUAAAUGACUGGUUUGACGGUCAUGAUCAUCCUAGAGAACUUUUGGAGAGAUGUAUCAGAGCCACUGGAGUGCAGCUUUCACUUAUACCGACAUGGCAGCACGACUGGACCUGAGCAGCACCAGCACCAGCAUGCACAAGAAGAUCACAGAUGCAGUCACAUUCAGCCCCAAUGCUGGCUCUGUCACCUCCAGGCCAGAUGAUGAGUGGCUGGUCGAGUCCUCUCUGGUCUCAGAAGCAGAGUGCGCAUUGGACACCCUGGCCUCCUUUUUGCCCUCUUCACUGCCAAACUGUCCAUGUCUCCUUUCACAGUGUUUCACUUCAGAGCUGUUCCAUUCUGGGACACGAGGAAGAUCUCAGGAUCCAGAGCAAGAACACAGCACUCAACCUAGAUCCGUUGAGGAGUGUGAGAGGAGGAGAGCCCGCAGGGAAAGGAACAGAAUAGCAGCGGCUAGAUGUCGGGAUCGUCGACGCAUGCUUACAGACACGUUACAAAACGAGACUGAGCAGUUGGAGCAUGUGAAGGCUCAGCUGGAGGCAGAGAUUGCUGGGUUGGAGAGGGAGAAAGAAAGGCUGGAGUUAGUUCUAGAGGCUCAUAAGCCUGCCUGUAAGAUGGAUGGCUCGGAUCCUGAAUGACCAACAACCCUGAACAAAUUCAGAACUGAGUCUGCAGGUUCAGAUCAGUCCUGACAGCUGAUAUUUUAGUUUAAGAAAGCUGAAAAGCAAUUAUGUUACCAUGUUAAACAUAAGUAACAUUAUAUUUUGCAUGUUGUUGACAAAUAGUACUGAAUAGUACAUUUUAAUUAGACAUUUUACUAUAAUUCUGAGGAAAUUCCUAUUUUUCAUUCUAAAUGGUUUAGAAAUUCAAUAAAGUUUUAGCUUCCCCAGGGAAUACGAACCUCUAUUAAAUGGCCAGCAUGGCCUGACUGAGAACAGCCCAUUAAAAAGGCUUUUUGUUGAUCUUAGUAUCUUAGUGUAUUUUUUGGGGGGGGCCAUAGGAAGUUUGAUGUCUUGUGUAGACCACAUAGUCAUCUUAUUUGUGUCCAUUUUAAAAUCUAUUGAAAAAAACAAA